UUGGGUAGGAUGGCCAGGAACGGGAGAACGCGGCUUUCCCUGCCGCGGAUAAGCGCACUAGUCUGACGCUUUGAGCAGCUCCUCUUGACGUGCCGGGGUCAGGAAAAGUGGUUUGCGCCCCGGUUCUCUUCCCCGGGAGCAAAACGCGGCCAGCGCUCUUGCAGCUGCUCUUCACCACGCGGGCGAGCCUUUCCCACGUGCUUUUGUGGUCAAGUCAGGACAAGCACGUGAAGGUCGUGCAAGUCCCGAUCUGUCGUGGACCUGCCUGAAUGCAGGUCCCUUCAGCAUUCAUGCCGGCUCGGUUUUUCAUUCAUGCCUGGCUCGGUUUUUCCGCGUGUCCGAUGGGAAUAGGAGCUUACAGGAGAUCUUAUAGGUGUGGCAACCGCGUGCAGUAGAUUGCAAGAAUUACCGAAUACCUUCGGGCCAGUAUUCUUUCUGGAGCACCACGCAGAACUUCCAGACGCAAUUCAGAAAUAACUAAAUGGAUGUUAGGAGUCUGGGCCAGCACUGAAAACGUUUGAUCUGCAAAAUAGGUUCUCUCUCAUUGAGGCCGAAGUCCCUGCACGCUUGCUUGAGAGUAAACCACGUUACGUCUCAGUGAACAGGCACAAGAUUGAAAGCCUAAAGUGCGCGACCUUUAAAAGAGGCUGUGAUUUCAACUUGGAAGCUUCCUGGCGUGAGCAAGCAUUAUAGAAGGUGUGAUAACAUUUGUCACUCCUGGGCCAGACUCAGUUCCUGGAAUCAGGCAUGUCCAGGAUAGAUCCUUACCAGCACAUCACUGUGGAACACCAGUAUUCACACACAUUUACUGUGACAGUUAAGCACGCCAAGAAUGUUACCAAGGGAGCCAUUGGAGACAUGCUUGACACGCCAGAUCCCUACGUGGAGGUUUUCAUCCCAACAGCCCCAGAUAGCAGAAAGAGAACGAAACACAUCAACAACAACGUGAACCCUGAGUGGAAUGAGACCUUUGAGAUCAUUCUGGAUCCCAAUCAGGAAAAUAUCCUGGAGAUCACUCUUAUGGAUGCGAAUUACGUGAUGGAUGAGACAAUUGGUACAGCAACAUUUCCCAUAUCAUCUCUGAAAGCGGGUGAGAAGAAAGAAGUGUCAUUCAUCAUUAAUAAAGUGACAGAAGUCAUUGUGGAGGUGUCUCUUGACGUCUGCUCUUCGACAGAUCUCCGGUUCAGCAUGGCUCUUUGCGAUGAAGAGAAGGCUUUCCGACAGCAGCGAAAGAGCAGAAUAAUGCACCAUCUGAACAAGUUCCUGGGGGCUGACUUGACCUCUGUUCGUGAUGUCCCAGUGAUUGCAAUAUUAGGAUCUGGCGGUGGAUUUCGUGCCACGGUGGGUUUUGCUGGAGUGAUGAAGGCCCUCUACGAAUCUGGAGUGUUAGACUGUGCGACAUACAUUGCUGGAUUAUCUGGAUCCACAUGGUACAUGUCAACACUGUAUUCGCACCCAGAAUUCCCAGUGAAAGGGCCAAAAGAGAUCAAUGAAGAAUUGAGAAACAGUGUCAGCCACAACCCGUUAAAGCUGCUUACACCUCAGAAAGUCAAGAGAUACAUUGAAUCCUUGUGGAAAAAGAAGAGGUCUGGACAGCCCGUUACCUUCACAGAUAUCUUUGGAAUGUUGAUUGGAGAAACACUUAUUAAAGAUAAUAUGGAUACCACUUUGUCUGAAAUGAAGGAGAAAAUCAACAAGGCACAAAAUCCUCUGCCACUGUUUACGUGUCUGCAUGUUAAGCCUGAUGUAUCAGAACUGAUGUUUGCAGACUGGGUGGAAUUCAGUCCCUAUGAGAUUGGGAUGGCUAAAUAUGGGACGUUCAUGCCACCCAAUUUGUUUGGCAGCAAAUUUUUUAUGGGAACAGUAGUGCAAAAAUAUAAAGAGAACCCGUUGCACUUCCUAAUGGGUAUCUGGGGAAGUGCAUUUGCUAUAUUAUUCAACAGAGUCCUUGGAGUUUCCAAUUCACAGAAUAAAGGGCCUACAAUGGAAGAAGAACUAGAAAAUAUCAGGUUGCAGCAUCUUGUGAGCAAUGACUCAGACAGUGAUGAUGAGUCUCAAGGACCAAAAGGUUCAGAAAAUCUCGAUGCCGUCAGAGCACGUGAGCAGAACAGCCAGGAUAGCUGGGUCCAGCGCAUGUUUGUGGCCCUGAUAGGUGACAGUGCCCUUUUCACCACCCGAGAGGGGCGAGCAGGCAAAGUGCACAACUUCAUGCUGGGCUUGAACCUCAACACAUGCUACGCACGAUCCCCUCUGGCCGGCAUCUGCACUCAAGAGUCAGUGGACGAAGAUGAGCUGGAUGCAGCCGUGGCUGAUCCUGAUGAGUUUGAAAGGAUAUAUGAGCCUUUGGAUGUACAGAGCAAAAAGAUUCAUGUUGUAGACAGUGGACUUACCUUUAAUCUUCCAUAUCCACUUAUCUUAAGACCACAACGAGGAGUUGACCUUAUAAUCUCAUUUGAUUUUUCUGCACGUCCCAGUGACUCUAGUCCACCUUUUAAGGAAAUUUUACUUGCGGAAAAAUGGGCCAGGAUGAACAAGCUUCCUUUCCCCAAAAUAGACCCCCAUGUGUUUGAUCGUGAAGGCUUAAAGGAGUGCUAUGUCUUCAAACCCAAGAAUCCAGCUUCGGACGUUGAUUGUCCAACCAUUAUCCACUUUGUUUUAGCUAAUAUCAACUUCAGAGAUUACAAAGCCCCAGGCAUUCCAAGAGAAACUGAGGAAGAGAAAGAUUUUGCUGACUUUGAUAUUUUCGAUGAUCCCGACACACCAUUCUCCACCUUCAACUUCCAGUAUUCAAACGAUGCUUUCAAGAGACUGCAUGAUUUGAUGGAAUUCAAUACCCUCAACAACUUGGAUAUAAUCAAGGAAGCAAUUGCAGACAGUAUUGAGUACAGAAGGCAGAACCCAUCACGGUGUUCUGUUUCCCUCAGCAGUGUUGAAGCAAGGAGAUACUUCAACAAGACUCAGAACAACAGCCAUGCCUAGAGACAACAAACUGCAACCUUUCUCAGAAGGGGGAGUAACUGGUUUGGCAAACAGUUAUUUUGUAGGAAUUGCUGCUUGGGAGUGACACAUAACACAAAGAAGGACCAUUGCAACCAGCUAUUUGUCCUCUCUCCUUUUUACAAAAAAAAAAAAAAAAGGUUUUUUUAAUAGUCUCUGUAUCUGUUUUAAGCCUUCUGGAAAGUCAAUGCUUACAUGUGUUUCAUAAACUGUUUAUUUCUAC